UCUUCAUACACACAUAUGGGGGGCAUGCCAUCUUCUCAUGGUUUGAAAGUUGAAAAUGAAAAAUUGCCUCCUGAAGGAAUUAAAAAUUAUGCAGACUUUAUAAAUCUUCAUGAAACCAAUGAAAAUUCAAUGUCUGAGCUAUUGGGAGAUCUACAAGAAGAAAAAACUCAGCUGCUUGACAAAUUCGUCUCUCACAAGCCCAUUGCAACACCUUCAAUGGCUGAGCUGUUGGAAGGUUUACAAGAAAAUAACAAUCAUUUCCUGGGGGCUUCUAACCUGUCUCUGCAACAUGAUAGGCCAAAGGGAAGGAGGAACUACAUUGCUGGGAAGAAAACCACAUACACGUUAGGUCCUAGGAUACUUGAUGAUGAAGACCCCCCCGAAUUUGUUGAUGACAGAAUGUCUAGUGAGGAUGAGGACAACUAUAACGAUGACAUUACGUAUACAAGUCAUCUUGUUAAAGGACAGACAAUGGCUGAUUUAUUUCAAGAAGCUUUCAGUACAGCUGCAUCAGAUGAGCCCGUAGUUGAACGUUCCUGCAGACAGCCUAGAGUUGAAUUUCAUCAGAGAUUGCAACAAGUGAUGCAGACUGAAAAAGAAAUAAGUAUGGAGUUCUUUAAGCGAAUGCAAGCAGAAUGGGUUCCUCGCUACUCAUGGACCUAGCAUUGUGGUCAAUCAUCAAUGCAAGCCUUAUAGAUGCUGUGCAUACCUUG